CACCCAUACUGAGUUGACUCAUUACAAGUACAACAUCCAUUGCUUUAAAACAGUCUUUGGAGUGUUUGCAGUUCUAUUUGUAAUCUGCUCAUUUUAUGUUGUUUCAUCCCAAAUCUAAAGGUGUACCAAUCUAAAAGUUUCCUUAAGUAUAAAAUGUACAAGGAGACAAAGCUUUGAAAAACGUAAAUAUUGUUUUUCGAGACUUGGAAAAAACCCAAAAAGAAAAAGCAAAUUCCCACAAAUUAAUAAUGAACCACAAAAUACUUUUAUCCCCCCAAAAAUCCCCCUUAUGGCAAUAAAUGACUUGAAAAAAAACCCCAAACCCGAAUUCUUCAGUUACAGAAAGACUGUUAACUCUUCCUGCUGAUUGUACCUUACAUAGUGUGAUACUGGGUUUGAGCCAGGACCAAAUAAAUCAUUCCAGGAUAAAACAAAUUCUUUCCUGGCCCAUCCAUUCUUGUGCCAUUGGAAUGCUCUCAGCCAUUACAAUGCACAGGAGCUGAUGGCUUUUCCUGUGUUCCAGAUAAGAUUCAUAAGACUGUAGCUCGUAAAGCAUUUUUUGGACAAUUUCUACGUGCUUGCAUCAACUUUUUCCUCAGUAAAAUGGUGAAUUUGACCACAAUUUAUUAUUAUAAAUUGAAUUAUAUGACAAUUUAUUGGGUAUUAAAGGUCCUUCCUCUUAUCUCUUGCAGAAAUAUCCUUUUCUAGCUUUUUGUUUGCCCGGUGCACAAAGCAGGAUCCUCCUUACUCGAGUGCAGUGGUGUUUGUAUUUGGUCUGGAAGGCCAUCUAGUGACACAACUGCGCAGGGGAAAAUGAAAAGCCCUACUCGAUUGGUGGUUUGGGUUGUUUUUUUUCCUCAGUUGAAUUAAAUAAGUCUUGCUACGCCUGAGCAUGUCCUUAGGGGUUUGUUGCUAUUUCCACAAGUGGUAUUUAAAAAAAAAAAAAAAAGAGGAAAUUUUUAUUUCUUAAAAACAAACUUACUUAAGAUGGAGCACAGUGCUAAUUGCUGCCAGGAAAGAAACGUGUUAUUUUUUUUUUUUUUUCUGAAUGGUGGUAGAUUUGCACCUGAGCAGCUCUGUCCAAAACUCAGUGUCACUCACCUGACCUGUGCAUCGGAGCCAGACACAAUCCAGCUGUUGUGAUCCCCUGCGUUCCACGGUACCAAAAAAAAAAAAAAAAAAAAAAAAAAAGUGCCGCGUGGAAGCCUGAGGCCACCAGAUCUCUGCAAUUAAAACGAGAAAUUCCAGUUAUUUUCAUUGCCGCUCACCUUGGGUGGCGAGCAGAUGAUGAGCAGAGCUGUCGAUUCUUACCCCAAGCAAUAAAUCAGUAGAAAACAAGCAGCGGGUCUCUGCCAGUGCCAGCACCAAGGUGCCUUUCCGGGGGUGCCUCGGGCGCUCUGCCCGCCCUGGCACGGCUCGGCCUUCGGGACCCCACACACAUCGGCGUCGAACUGGAGCGGUCCCUCAGCGCUGGCCGGGGCUCCCUGUGGCGACAGAUGGAACGGGAAUAAAUAAAUCAAUAAAUGGGCACGGGGUGUACGGGUGAAAGGGCAGAGGGACGGGGCCCGGCGGGUCUCGGGGGACGGAGCCCCGAGGGCCGCCCGGAGAGACGGGCGGAGCAGCCGCCGGUGGCUCUGAGGGGACGCGGCGCUGAGGGGCCUUCCCGAGGCUGCGACCCCGCCAUGAGGCCCGGGCAAGGCUCCCCCGGUGUUCCGGGGGGUCCGGGCGGGGCCCCGCGGCACCUGAGGCGGCGGCGGCCGCGUCGCGACCAAUCCCCGGCGGGGCGCGGGCGGCUGUGCCCGCCCCGGGCGCUGAGGGGAGCCGGAGCCGCGUCCUGGCCGCGCUGCGCCCUCAGCGGACCCGCUCCGCUCCCCUCCACUUCAUGGAAGCGGCCAACGGGGCCGUGCCCGAGGGCGCGGCGGAGCGGCCCCGCGGCCCCACGGCCGUCCCGUCGGGCAGGAAGGAGGUGAAGGUGGUGGUCGUGGGCGACGGAGGCUGCGGAAAGACAUCGCUGCUGAUGGUGUACGCCAAGGGCUCCUUCCCCGAGCAAUACGCGCCCUCUGUUUUCGAGAAGUACACGACGAGCGUGACGGUGGGGAAGAAGGAGGUCACCCUGAACCUGUACGACACCGCAGGGCAGGAGGACUACGAUCGGCUACGGCCUCUUUCUUACCAGAACACCAAUGUCGUGUUAAUUUGUUACGAUGUCAUGAACCCCACUAGCUAUGAUAAUGUAGCAGCCAAGUGGUAUCCUGAAGUGAAUCACUUCUGCCGGGGUGUCCCGCUCGUGCUGAUCGGCUGCAAGACAGAUCUUCGCAAGGACAAGGAGCAGCUGCGCAAGCUCAGGGCUGCCAGGCAGGAACCCAUCACCUACAACCAGGGUGAGGCAGCUUGCAAAGAGAUUAAUGCAGAAAUUUACCUGGAAUGCUCAGCAAAAUGUCGUGAGAACAUAGAAAACGUUUUUAAAGAAGCCACAAGCAUUGCACUGAGUGCCAUGAAGAAAGCCAAGCGCCACAGGAAACAGAAAGUGUGCUCAGUGUUAUGAUCUGGACUGCACAAGAACCAAGUGAUUCAGAUUUUAUAAACAGUUUAACUUUAAAAACCUUUUUUAAAACCAUGUUUGUAUUCCUAGGAUAUUUUUUAUUUUAAAAUUUUAAUUAUUUUUAGUAUUUUUGCACUUUCGUUACACUGUUCUCACAGUUUUUAUCACAGUUAACUCAUGCUGGGUGCCUUCACCCAUCUGGCUUUUGCUUCUAACUCACUAUUUAAACUGCAAUGAACAGCAACUGCUACUAUAUAACUCAGUGAUGGGGUUUUAUUUCCUUUGCAAAAUAAUUGUGGCACUUCAGAGCUACAAUUUACUGCCUUCUUCCAGUAGAAAACUCACUCCUUUCAGAAGCAAUGUUAAAGCAGCUUAUCAGGCACCUUUGAAGGGACAGAAAAAGUUUUGUCUUAACAUUUCCAAGUUAAUUAACUUGGUGGCAAUGUCAUGACUUGGCCUCAAGCUGUCCCCUGAGUGCAGAUGGAACAUCCACCAUCCUCCUGGACCAGCUCUGCAGAUCUGCACCUCAGAGUUCUUCAAGGCCUGCUGCUGGAAUGGAAAGUGGCAUUUAUCAGUGGAAAUACAUCAGUUGCUCCAAUUAAAUAGUGGAGUGUAAUGGGAAAUUGUUAAUUUAUAGCACUCAAAUUUAGAAGUACUCCAAGUAGCUCUACGUGUAAUGUUAAGUCAGUCUUAUGGUAAACAUUUACAGCUUGUUUAAUACAAGACAGAUGCAAAUCAUGGUGCACACCGGAGGAAAAAUUAAUUCACUUGUGAAAUCAUCUCUACUGGUGUAAAUUAGAAGUGCAAAACUGUUUUGGAGCAAACUAUCAUUACUGUUUUACAUGCAGGGUAAGCAGAUCUUGACCCGUGAAAGAUCUUUUUAUUUUCAUUUUUCUCCUAACUUGUUUUGAUUUAAUUAAGGUUUGUGAAUACCUAGGAGCCUAAAAUGGGAAAUCAAUUGGAAGUUUGUGCACAUCCUUGACUAUAGAAAAAUCUUGAAGAAUUGUGCAGGCUUUUCUCCAGUUGUCUGUAAAGGAAUCACACCUCACCUCACCCAGUACAAAACUGAAACACCAACGUUCAGGAAAUGAUCCGUUCACCAUCAGCUCCACAGUGGAAAUCACACUGGCUUUUUUAAUCUGAGUUUCGGAGAAUCUCAGGUUGCAGAAUUCACAUUACUCACCCCUGAAGAACCAGGUUCCAGCAUUGCUCUCAACAGAAAAUAAUUUACAUCUCAUAAACUGAGAGUUCAAGGAGUAAAAAAAAAAAAAAAAAAAAAAAAAAACACAACAAACCCUCACAGGGUGUGCAAAAGAUAGCAAAAUACAGCCAAAUUAGUGUGAAAACUGUUAAAAAUAUGCAAAUUGCAGUUUAUUGUUCAUGCCCACAGGACAGUGACAGGGCAAAGGUAAUUUUGCAAGUUUGCAGCAACAGAACUGAUGAAUCCAGCUCAAGCCUGUGCAUUAUCUGUCCCCUGAGAGCACACUCUGGGGAGGAGGGCACUCUUUUCCACUCACUGCCAGAGGAUGUGCUCAGUUUGGGCUUUGUGCUGGCUCAAAGGGAGCUUUCACUGUUGGGAAAGACACAGCUCAAGGCAGCUCAGUGCUGCAGCUGCCUGAGGAGGUACAGAAGUUAGAGCACCCAAAAAAGGGUGUUCCAAUGAGUGAGUAUAAAUUCAAGCAGCACAAGGACUGUAGCAGGGUAGCAGUCGGUGUUUGUCCCCUGCCAUCCCCUCGACCCAACAUUUCCAUUCUAUUCAUUAUUGGUACAAGUGCAGCAUCCAAGGAAGGUAUUUAAUAUUUGAGCUGAGCCUGUCCUCCCCUUUCCAGAACCACAUCUCAAAAAACCAACCCAAGGGCCAUGUGUCCGUUACCAAAAAGAGGCAGAGGCAGCUGCAUACUGAAUGGUUUAUUUUAGGUCCUUUCAGGCCUGGACAAAUGACCUGAUCUCCCUAGAAAAGGGCUAGCAGACUUUCCUGCCAUUUAAAAACUGUUUUUGCUUGCAUGAUUUUGUUUUCAAAGGAGAAAUUUCUCUUCUUUAAACAGCUUUUUAGAAGUGUAUAUAGCAGCAGUAUGGUACAAAGAUGAGCAUUUUCUUUUCACAGUACACACAGGUUAGUAUUGCCACUGAGAAUAUGCCUUAAACAAAUGCCUUGAAAAACAGCAUUCGCUCUGAAUUACUGAUCCACCCAGAGUGUUCAUAAACCUCAAUAAAUUCAAUACCAAGAAUUUAAAUAAUAAAACUGGAAAG